CGGUAUCCGGGUGUUCAUCCCCGACAUCGGUAUGUUUGUGGCCGGCCUGGCCAUCUGGCUGCUGUGCCGCAGUCUGGUCCAGAAGAGACCACCGGAGGACAUGGCCCAGUACAACACUGACUUUGAAGCAGAGGAACAAGAAGAAGAGGAGAAGCUGAGCCUGGACGACAACAUCCUGCUGGAAGAAGACUACGAGGCGGGGUACGAGGCCGAGGAGGAUGAAGAGGAUGAGGAUCUGGAGGAGGAGGAAGAGGAGGAAGAGGAGGAGGAAGCAAAGGAGAGCACCAAGAGGAAGAUCCUGCGGCACGUAGCGGAGGUGGCGUCCAAAGUGAAGGAUAUUAUCGGGAACCUGAUCACGACUGCAGGGAAGGUGGUGGUCACCAUCCUGCUGGGCAUGACAGGUAUCAUGCUGCCCUCGUUGACUUCGGCUGUUUACUUCUUCAUCUUCCUCUUCCUCUGCACCUGGUGGUCUCUCUGCCGGACCUUCGACACGCUCAUCUUCAGCUGCAUGUGCGUCCUCAUGGCCAUCUUCAGCGCCGGACACAUCAUCGUCCUCUACCUCUACCAGUUCCAGUUCUUCCAGGAGUCCAUCCCCGCAGACAAUGUGACCGUAGUAUUUGGCAUCUCCCCCAUUAUCCAGAGCGACUGCUCCUACACGUGGAAGCUCAUCGUGCACCCGGAGCGUAAGUGGUUCCACUUUGUGAAUCCCAUCAUGCUGCUGCUGCUCUACUACACGCUGGCCACGCUCAUCCGCCUCUGGCUGCAGGAGCCCAUCGACCAGCUGACGGACGACAAGGACGACGAUAAUAUGUGUGAGGAGGAAGAUCUGGAUGGAAACACAACGAAUCACGGGGCCAACAGGAAGAGGCAGCUGUGGUGGGAGUCACGCCAAGGAACAGAUGAGAAAAACCUCCUCUCCACCCAAGAUGGCUUCAGUACAACCGAGGCUGUUCCCAUCUCAAACGGGACGUCCUUUGAGUUCGUCACCACUGAGAAUGGACCGGUCUGCCUGGACUUAUAUUCCACCCCGCAGUAUAAAAUGGACCAGCCCAGUGACGGUACAGAGAAGAAGAAGGAGGAGUGUGUGUAUGAGGUGUCUGUUCCCCUGGAGGAGUCGGAGCUUGAAGGAGGAGAGGAGGAAUCUAAGAUGAAGAAAAGAGGAGUCGGUGCGAUGGUCAAAAUCUUCCACUUUGUCCUGAAACAGAGCUACAUCUUUGCUCUCAUAGCCAUGAUGGCGUGGAGCAUCACUUACGUCAGCUGGCUGACGUUUGUCUUCCUCAUGUGGUCGUGCACGCUGUGGAUGGUGAGGGACCGGCGGCGCUACGCCAUGCUGUCCUCGCCCUUCAUGGUCGCUUACGGAGACCUGGUCAUAAGUCUGCAGUACAUCUUUAGUUUCGAGAACCUGGAUCCUGACCAAUACUCGGGGUUCUUUGUCAGCAAGAAAAACCCUUUCCACUCAAUUUCAUCCAAGAUCAUGUGUCUGCUGACCUUUUGGCUUCUGCUGAGACAAACACUUACAGAGAGAGAGGAAAAACUAAAAGAAGAAAGUGUCAGUCUGUCAGACGUUCAUGUGGAGGAUGAGAAGCAGAAGGAGGAAGAAGAGUCUGAGGAGGGAGGGGAGCAGGACAUCAUGCAGGUUCUGGGCAGCAUGGUCAUGGCUCUGCUGAUCAAAUACUGGAUCUACAUCUGCGGGGGAAUGUUCUUCAUCGUCAGCUUCGAGGGAACCAUCGUCAUGUACAAGAUCAUCUACAUGAUGAUGUUCCUCUCCUGCGUGGCGCUCUACCAGGUGCACUAUGAGUGGUGGCGGAGGAUCCUGAAGUACUUCUGGAUGUCGGUGGUGAUGUACACCAUGCUCGUCCUCACACUGGUCUACACCUUCCAGUUCAACAUCUCCCUGCCUUUCUGGAGAGAUCGGGUGGGAGUGUCAGAACAACACUUGCAGGACCUCGGCCUUGAGGGGUUCAAACUCACCGUUCUGUUCACCAGGAUUUUUAUUCCCACGUCCUUCCUGCUGGUGUGUAUUCUCCACAUGCACUACUUCCACGACAGCUUCCUGAAGCUCACAGACCUCCAGGCUGUCAUGGCUAAAGAGGAGAGUACGAUCUACAGACUGGUGCACCAGGACGGCAGCCUGGCGGACAUCACCAUGCUCAGCGCCAGCUCUGUGGAGGCCACGAUAUCCACAGAGGAGCCGCAGCAGCAGGAGGACCAGGCGGAGUGGAGGGGGGAGAAGGAGAAGGUCCUGGUGGUGAUGGACGACACGGACAUGACUGGAGUGAAACCGAGGACUUUCUCCGACAACCGGCAGUCGAGCACAGAGGAGAGCCGGCACUGCAGCGCGGGAACCGAGCCGAGCACCGAGCAGAGCUCAGAUCUGAAGAAUAAAUGGCACCAGGUGGUCGACCGGCUGACGGUGCUCUUCCUGAAGUUCCUGGAGUAUUUCCACAAACUGCAGCUGUUCAUCUGGUGGUUACUGGAGAUCCACAUCAUCAAGAUCGUGUCCUGCUACAUCGUGCUGAUCGCCGUCAAAGAUGUUUCUUUGUUCAACUACGUGUUCGUGGCGUCCUGGGCCUUCGCGCUGCCGUACUGCCAGUACCGGCCGCUCGCCUCCAGCGUUUGCACGGUCUGGACGUGUGUCAUCAUCGUGUGUAAAAUGUUGUACCAGCUCCAAUUCGUAGCACCCAAAAACAACACCAUGAACUGUUCGAUGCCAGAAGACUACUCAGAUGUCCAGACGAAAGACAUGGAGAAGUCUCUGCUGUAUAAGGGUCAGUUUUAUGCAGCCAACUGGGUCGGCCUGGAGAAAUCUGACGACCUGCUGGGCUACCUCAGGAACAACCUCAUGAUGCUAGCUCUGUUAGCGUUCGAGGUGACCAUCUACCGCCAUCAGGGAUAUUUCAGACUGAGGAACAAACUGUCGCCUCCCGCCGCCCGGAUCAUCUUCCAUGAUAUCACACGGCAACACCUGGACAUCGGCAUCAUCUGCUUCAUCAAAUACUUCAUCAACUACUUCUUCUACAAGUUUGGACUUGAGACGUGCCUGCUGCUCGUGGUCAAUGUCAUCGGGCAGCGGAUGGACUUCUACGCCAUGAUUCACGCCUUCGCCCUGAUUGCUGUCAUGUACAGACGCAGGAGGAAAGCCAUCGCUGAGAUCUGGCCCAAAUACUGCUUCUUCCUCGCCGUCAUGCUGACCUUCCAGUACUUCAUCUGCAUCGGGAUCCCGCCAGCAGCCUGCAAAGACUAUCCCUGGAGGUUUCCCAACUCUACGACUGACUCCAAUGUGGUCAAGUGGCUCUAUGUUCCAGAUUUCCGCACCCCGCCUAAUCCAUCGUUCCUCAUCUAUGACUUCAUGCUGCUGCUGUGUGCCUCCCUCCAGAGGCAGGUCUUUGAGGAUGAGAACAAGGCGGCGGUCCGCAUCAUGGCUGGAGACAACGUGGAGAUCUGCAGAGAUCUGGACGCCGCCUCCUUCAGCGUCUACAACCCCGUCCCCGACUUCAUCCACUGCAGGUCGUACCUGGACAUGCUGAAGGUCAUCAUGUUCAGCUACCUGUUCUGGUUCGUGCUCACCAUCAUCUUCAUCACGGGGACGACGCGCAUCAGUGUCUUCUGCAUGGGCUACCUGGUCGCCUGCUUCUACUUCCUGCUCUUUGGUGGAGAGCUGCUGCUCAAACCAAUCAAAAAGAUCCUCCACUACUGGGACUUCCUGAUUGCCUACAACAUCUUUGUCAUCACCAUGAAGAACAUUUUGUCUAUCCUGGCUUGUGGCUACAUCAACUCUCUGAUUAAGGACCGCUGCUGGUUGAUCCAGUUGUUCAGUCUGGCCUGCACCAUCAAGGAAUACGACAUCAACAUCGUCGAUGCAAAGAAGAUUUAUUGUGAGCUGCCCAGCAACGAGGCGGGGAUCAUCUGGGACAGCAUCUGCUUCGCCUUCCUGCUGCUGCAGAGACGAGUCUUCAUGAGCUACUACUUCCUGCACGUGGUGGCCGACAUCAGGGCGUCGCAGAUCCUCGCGUGCAGAGGGGCGGAGCUCUUCCAAGCUACGAUCGUGAAGGCGGUGAGAGCCCGACUGGAGGAGGAGCGCAAAUCUGUGGAGCAGUUGAAGAGACAGAUGGAGCGCAUUAAGGUGAGGCAGCAAAAGUUUAAGAGGGGCAAGGAGAGGAUGCUGAGCAUGGCGCAGGAGUCCGGAGAAGGACAGACCCUCUUCCAGCCCGAGGAGGAGGAAGAUGACGGAGCACAGCGAGCGAAAGCCAAGACCAAAAAAAAGCAGUGGUGGAGGCCGUGGGUUGACCAUGCUUCCAUGGUUAGAAGUGGAGACUAUUACUUGUUUGAAACUGACAGUGAAGAGGAAGAGGAGGAGGAGGACAAAACGGAGGACGAUGAGCCAAAGAAGUCUGCGUUUCAGUUUCUUUAUCACGCCUGGAUCACUGACCCCAAAGCUGCUCUAAAAGCACGAGCCAAAGAGAAACGUAAAUUUUGGAAAAAAUACACAAAAGUAGUCAGACGUAAAAAAAGCAAGAAAGAUGCAGGUCAUGUGACCAUAGAUCUUGGUGAGCUCUCAGAUGGGCAAGACAAACGAGAGGAGGAAAAGUCAAGUGGUCCAGAUAACAUCAUCAAGCGAGUGUUCAACAUCCUGAAGUUCACCUUCGUGCUCUUCCAGACGACGGUGGACAGCUUCACGCAGUGGAUGAACGACAUGUGCCGAGAGUACAUCGACAUCUCCACGGUGCUGCGAAUAGAGCGCUGCAUGCUGUCCAGAGAGGUCAAAAAGGGUAACGUGCCAUCCAAAGACAGCAUCCACGUCCUGUACCAGAAGGCCAUGAAGCUCAACAUGUCCCGCCAGGCCAGCCUGGAUCUGCUGAGUGAGGACGACUCGGCCUCGGGCUCCACCAGGCUGCGCAGACGGAGGAGACCUUACCCCAUGGAGAGCCAGGACUCCACGGCCUCCAGAGACAGCAUCUCCAGUGGGUACACCGAGGCCACCAAUCUGUUUUCUCGCCAAUCCACCCUGGAAGACCUGGAUGGGAUGCCGGAGUGCAUUCCCAAAACCAGCGAGCGCGCCCGGCCCAAACUGCGCAAGAUGUACGGCCUCGACGCCUCCACCUCCUCCGUGGACAGCUGCAGCAGCUUCAUGUCCAGUGAAGCGACCCAGGUUGUGACGCUGUACUCGAGGCAGGGCACCACAGACACCAUAGAAGAAGUGGAGGAUGAGCACGAUCAAGGGGAAGACAAACAGCAGGCGGCUCCCUGGGAGUCCCAACAGCUGGACGAGAGUGAGGGGGCCGAGGGGGGCGGCUGGAGUGAUGCAGACCCCAGGGACCAAGAAGAGAAGGAGGAGGAGGAGAAGGAGGAGGGUGAGGAAGGGAUGGAGGUACCAAAGGAGCAGGAGAGAGAAAAGAGGGCUCCCUGGGACUCCUUCGACCCAGAUGAGGGCCCCUCGCUCAGGGUGGAGGAGACAGAGUCCGCUCAGGAGAAGGACUUCACCACUGACAGUGAGGAGGGGGCAGGACAGCCGGGCUUCACCCCCACAGAGGGGAGAGUCGGGCUGAUUUACACUCCUGACACAGACGCUUCCAAAACCUCCGACGCUGACGUUCCUCCGAGCUACAGCAAGGCCGUCAGCUUCGACCGCCUGGAGCUGAGCGACGACGAAAGCGACAUGGACAGGAAGAGGGGGGGGCGGAUGUUGAUGACCUCCGACAGCCGCUCCGACAGCAGGUCCGACCUCAUGCUGCCCUCCAUGACCACCGAGCUGACCGCCAGCGAACUGCUGCUCAACAAGAUGUUUUAUGACGAGGAGCUGGAGCAGUCGGACCGGUUCUACGUGAAGCAGCCUCUGAUCCUGCAGCUGUGCUACGCCCUCUACAACAUGCUGGUGGCGCACUCAGAGAUGGUUUGCUACCUCGUCAUGGUCAUCAACCACAUGGUGUCGGCCAACUGCGCCACCCUGGUCCUCCCCACCACCAUCUUCCUCUGGGCCAUGCUGUCCGUGCCGCGGCCCAGCAAGCGCUACUGGAUGACGGCCAUCGUCUAUACUGAGGUCACCAUCUUCAUCAAGUACUUCUUCCAGUUUGGCUUCUUCCCCUUCAACCAGAACCCUUUGGGUGAUAAGGGCAAACCUUUUCACCCUCCCAACAUCAUCGGAGUGGAGAAGAAGGACGGCUACGUCCACUACGACCUGGUCCAGUUACUGGCUCUCUUCUUCCACAGAUCCAUCCUGAAGUGUCACGGUCUGUGGGACGAGGACGACUCCAAAGAAAGGCGAGCGCCGUCGCGUCAGAGCGAGUCAGAGGACGAGGGAAAGAGCAAAUCAGAGGAGAGUGAGAAGGGGUCUGAACGCGCCUCCUCCAUGAUGAGUGAGAGAGGCUCCACUCACACCUUGAGGUCCUUAAACUUUGGCACCUCCAUCGAUUCAGAUCACGUCCAGGUUCAGUACCCGCAGCAGCAGACCUUCCAGCGGCGGAAGAGCUCCAGCGGAGGCUCGCACAUUUCUCACCGAUCUCUCCACUCCACUGUGAGGUCCAAGAGAGGAAGUACCGCCUCCCACCACAGCAGCCACAAGGACGGCAGCGAGGCCAGCGUCCAUCAGAAGACCCGAAAACAGAUGAUCACGGAGAAGCUGAGGGAGCAGCUCCUCAAGGGGAAAGCCUUCAUCAUUAAGCGGUUCCUGGAGAUCUACCUUCCCAUGAGGCAGUUCUUCUUCAACCUGAUCCACCCGGAGUACAGCGCGGUCACAGACGUCUACGUGCUGAUGUUCCUCUCUGAUACCGUUGACUUCAUCAUCAUCGUGUUCGGCUUCUGGGCGUUUGGUAAACACUCGGCUGCAGACAUCACGUCGUCGCUGUCGGAGGAUCAGGUGCCGGGGCCCUUCCUGGUCAUGGUGCUGAUCCAGUUUGGCACCAUGGUGGUGGACCGGGCCCUCUACCUCAGGAAGUCUGUCCUGGGGAAAGUCAUCUUCCAGGUCAUCCUGGUGUUUGGGAUCCACUUCUGGAUGUUCUUCAUCCUGCCAGGAGUCACAGAAAAGCGUUUCAGCGAGAACAAGGUCGCUCAGAUGUGGUAUUUUGUCAAGUGCAUCUACUUCGGGCUGUCAGCCUAUCAGAUCCGCUGUGGUUAUCCCACCCGCAUUUUGGGAAACUUCCUCACCAAGGGCCACAAUUAUGCCAACCUCUUCCUGUUUCAAGGUUUCCGUAUGGUGCCGUUCCUGACGGAGCUGCGGGCCGUGAUGGACUGGGUCUGGACGGACACCUCGCUGUCUCUGUCCAGCUGGAUCUGUGUGGAGGACAUCUACGCUCACAUCUUCAUCCUGAAGUGCUGGAGAGAGUCUGAGAAGAAAUACCCCCAGCCGCGAGGCCAGAAGAAGAAGGCGGUGGUGAAGUACGGGAUGGGGGGGAUGAUCGUGGCGCUGCUGAUCUGCAUCGUGUGGUUCCCGCUGCUCUUCAUGUCCCUCGUUAAGUCCGUGGCUGGAGUCGUCAACACGCCGCUGGACGUGUCCUUUACAAUCACGCUGGCUGGCUUUACGCCCAUCUUCACCAUGAGCGCUCAGCAAAAACAACUGCAGCAUGUGAGCACAAGCGAGUUUACCAAGUUUCAUGACAAAUACAAGGGUAACGCUGACGCCAUGCAGUGGCUCGAGAGCUACUUCAAGGAGGACCUGAUCAUCGCAGAGCUGAAAGGCAGCUCCAACAGUCUGUGGACCAUCAGCCCGCCCAGCAGGAAAAACCUGAUCGCCAUGCUGAGCAGCGAAGAGGAGUUCCCCAUCACCGUGGCCUGGUCCGUGCAAAGAAACCUCAGUUUUGGUGCCAAGGCUGAAAUAGCGUCAGGAAAGCGAGUGACCGAUCUCGACAAGGAGACAAAGAAGGAGCUCAUCGAGCUGCUGCACGGAAACAAAACCAACCCACGUGUGAUCAUAAAAGAGAUCUUCCCUCGUUUCAUUCGAGCCCCCUCGGACUCUGAGGCCAAGUCUGUGGAUCAUCUGUAUGAAGAUAAAAAGAUGUUGAACAUAAGCCUGGAGUUGGUCCGAGCGCAGAACGACUCGAAGCAGAUCCAGGAGUGGUGGAUCGUCAACCAGACGGAGCUCGGCCCCAUCACCAAGAGAGAAACCCCCAAAGUCCCCCCCAAGGAUGAACCCAGCCUGGAUCUCUACGUGUUCAGCGACCAAGUCAGCCCCCCCAGCCUGGGCUUCCUGGCUGGAUACGGGAUCCUGGGCCUGUACGCCUCUGUGGUUCUGGUCAUCGGCAAGUUCGUACGCGAGUUCUUCAGCGGCAUCUCCCACACCAUCAUGUUCGAGGAGCUGCCCAACGUGGACCGCAUCCACAAGCUGUGCACGGACAUCUUCCUGGUGCGAGAGACGGGGGAGCUGGACCUGGAGGAGGACAUGUACGCCAAACUCAUCUUCCUCUACCGCUCUCCAGAGACUAUGAUCAAGUGGACCAGAGAGAAAACGGAGUGAAUCUCAGCGAGGGGACGCUAACGGAUGAAUUGAGCAGCGAUUUUCACCUGCUGAGGGAGCACAAAGUCAGCCGAGGACCAGCUCUGUCCUCUUCCACUGAGCUCUGACGGCAGAAAUACAGUGUUGGCUCCACACUAAAACAAUUGCAGCAACUAUUGAGGACAGAUUUGCCGGUGCUGUAUUUAUGUCGCUAAACCUGGCUCUGUUUGGCAUCCAGAGGAUAAAACGGCAGCCGGUUGGAGAAGGAGAACUCUUUUAAGACAAUUUUACUAAGUUAUAAAAAAUCUUAAUGCUAAUAUAAAAGUUUUUACACACAAAUUACCCUCAUCGCUCCUCAUGCCUGCCUCAUGACUUUCACAGUUGCACGGUCGGCGGAGAGAAACUGGCUGCAUUCAUCUUUAAGGGCUUCCCAUUUACAAACAAGUGCACAAUAAUGUCACAAUAAUGACCACAUGAGCACAAUCUCAUAUUUUCUCCCAACUGAAACGCUUGGACUGUGGGAAUGUGCAAUAUUGAGUUCCUCCAAGAUUUUGAGGGAUGUGGACCAAGAGAAAAAGGGCCGGGUCUGACCAAGAAACAACCUUUUUUUUAUUAUUAAAGGUCAGAGGCCACAAGGGAGCCUCCUGAAAGACACAAAGCAUUACAAAACAUUAUCAGACAAUCUUUAAUUGCCUUAUUUUGUUUGUGUGAUAAGAACUGUUAUCAACGUAUCUUUCUCAGGAAGAGCUGUUUUCACAGAUAUUCAUCGUAUGAGUUAUAUGUUACAAUAUGUAGGCUUUGAUGGAUCUUAAAGAUUGUAGAGAAAGUAUUUAAAUGGCAUGACAUGUAAUGUGGAUAUUGUUGAGAUGGACUGAGUAUAGUUACUGCACAGGGAAACAUUUUAAAGGCUGUAUUUAGAAAGUAAAUUGUGGACUGUUUUCCUCACAGAGAUUUAUUGCCAAUCAUCCAUAUUCUGAAUCUACAGGUUGGCGAAAUAAGAGACGAGCGGAGGGCUGUUUCUGAAUCAGGGUAACGUGCACUAGGUGGAAGACUCCUGCACAACACUUGUGAACCUCUCGCUAUUUUUAAACAUUCAUACUCACGAACACUGGCGCGUUCAGUCAUCAAGGAAAAACACGAACAGAAAAAAAGACUUCUCACAAGAAGGGCUGAGACACGAAGCCCUUUGGUCCAAACUAUGCAUUAGAGGACAUUGUAGCAUGAUAGAAAAACUUCAUUAUUGCCAUGACUAAUUUUCAUUACAUGUACAUACAAGUUACAGGGGGACAGGUCACGGUGGAAUGAAAUGUGAAAAUGUACCUGUGUGUUUAAGGCGAUGUUAUGGUAUGAUAGAGGUCCAAAGAUCUGCGAAUAAAUCAUGUGGAAAGGU